GAGGAAGUAGGGAAGCGGCAGACCCGGCCAGCCGAUCGGCCGAGCAGAGGCGCCGCUCUUCCGGCAGGGAGGAUGUUCCACGGGAUCCCCGCCAACGCCGCGAUCGGAGCCCCCGGGAACAAGCCGGAACUCUACGAGGAAGUCAAGCUGUACAAAAAUGCCCGAGAAAGGGAAAAGUACGACAACAUGGCCGAGCUCUUUGCUGUGGUGAAGACCAUGCAAGCCCUGGAAAAGGCCUACAUCAAGGACUGUGUCAACCCCAAUGAGUACACGGCUGCCUGCUCCCGCCUGCUGGUCCAGUACAAGGCCGCCUUCAAACAGGUGCAGGGACUGGAGAUCAACUCCAUCGACGACUUUUGCCGCAGGUUCCGGCUGGACUGCCCGCUGGCCAUGGAGAGGAUCAAGGAGGACCGGCCCAUCACCAUCAAGGACGACAAGGGCAACCUCAACCGGUGCAUCGCGGACAUCGUGUCGCUCUUUAUCACCGUGAUGGACAAGCUGCGCUUGGAGAUCCGGGCCAUGGAUGAGAUCCAGCCAGACCUGCGGGAGUUGAUGGAGACCAUGAACCGCAUGAGCCAUUUGCCCCCCGACUUUGAGGGCCGGCAGAAAGUGAGCCAAUGGUUGCAGACCCUGAGUGGCAUGUCGGCUUCUGACGAGCUGGACGACUCUCAGGUCCGCCAAAUGCUCUUCGACCUGGAGUCGGCCUACAACGCCUUCAACCGCUUCCUGCACUCGUGAGGCCGACGGGCCCGUCCCUCAAGAGGGGGAGAUGCGACGGGGGCCCUCAGGGCUCCCCUACGCGGACACGCAAAGGUUUCCAAAGGCUGGAGUUCCUUCCUUCCUUCCUCCCUCCGGAGCCAGAAGCCCCGGGCCAGCUCCACAUUUUGUGACCGCACUGCAGAUAUUUUCACUACGGGGGUGGGGGGCAGUGGACCAGCCCCUCCUUUUGCAGCCUCGAAUUGGGGAGCAGUAGCAUAUUUGGGGGUGGGGUGGAGGGGGUGUUACGUGUAUUUAUUUGGGUUUUGCUUUGGCCUCAGAGAGGCAAAAUUUUCGUCGGUCGGAAGCAAAUAAAAUCUUUCUACAAUUCA